UUUCUCAAUCUUUAAAAACAAAAUCAGAAUACCCUUGGAUCGGUCGUUCAUGUUAACUGAAUCUUUUAAUGCAGGGAUAUAUAUCUUUCUUUAGAAAAAAAAGAAGAAAAAAUGAAAAAAAGAACGGAUGUAAUGUUUGCAUUCGUAUAUUUGUACUGUAGUGCUACUUUAACAUGUUAAAUAAAUAGAUAUAAACAAUAAAAUCGUUUCUCUGGACAUUAGCAAAUACUCAUACUAUGGACAUUAUCACUUGAGAGCGAUGUAUAAACUUCAACUGGAUUUAUUGAGGUAUAAAAAGAUGUACACGUCUAAUAUUGCAGUUUGUUCACUUCCGAAGAUAUUUCAAAAUAAUUUCAAUUUUUCAUAGUUCUAACAUUCGUAAUAAUAUAGAAAUGAGUGGUUCUGUUGAAGAAGCCAUUGCUGAUACUUCGAACGAAGAUUUACUUGAGGAUUCUGAUAUAGCCAUUGCUGAUGGAGAGAAAUCCCUGGCGAAAAUGGCAACUGAAGAUGCGGGAAACCAUUCUGAUCAUCAUUUCAAAUAUUCUAACGACACGUCGGAUCUUCGAUUGAUUGUGGAAAGGAAACCUUUAUAUGUGUCUCGUGUUGUAUUAUCACUAGUUUCGCCGAUUAUGAAAAGCCUGUUUGCAAUAAAGGACGCAGAGGACACUGUUGAACUGCCACUGCCAGGAAAGAAGUACACACACAUGGUUCAGUUCUUGAAUUGUAUCUACCCAGACAUCCUAGCUCCAAUAACAGAGGACAAUGUGGAAGUAGUGCUGCCACUCGCGGAUGAAUUCCAAGUUAGAAGACUCGUCGAGAAAUGUGAGGAGUUCCUGAUAAAGGACAUUGAGGAUACUGCCCCAGCAUUACAUCCAGAGAAAAUAGUUCGCUACAUGAAUAUAUCAGAAAAAUACGGGCUUGAAAACUUGCAAAAGUCCACGUUCGAAACUGCAGCGAAAACGCCGUCCAGUUUGCUUGAGAACGUUCGUGAAUUCUGGGACUUGCCUUCUGUAACGACAACAAGUGUAUUCAUACGCCGUUUAAAAUUACUGGAGCAGUCUGGGAAGGCUGUUCGGACAAAAGUGAAGGAAAUACAAAACCAUUGUAGUUUGUACCAUAAAGGGGAGAGAAAUGGAGAAAGCGUUUGCACUAAGUGUUACGCCAGUAUUGGGAAACAUGCGCAGUCGGAACUAAAAUAUUUUUGAGACAAUUCACAUUAUACAAAAGACAAAUAAUGUAGUGUUUCCGAAGAUAUUUUAACUGAAUAUCAUUAUCUUGUUGUUAUGUUUGUUGCAACUGUUUAGGCACAACUAUGUUUUCAGUAGGCAGGUUAGAAACGUAGAAAUAUAUUAAAUGUGAUUUCAGUUGCUUUGAAUGAUAGCGCACGAAUCACUUUUAUACCUUAAAAGAUCUGAGUUUUACAUAUAGCAAUGUAAUUUAUUUAUUAAUUUUCCUUCGUAGACAUAUAUACGCGUGGAAAAGCAGAUCACUGUAAGUGAUCAACUGUGAAAGACAAAGGUCUUUAAUUGUGAAACUGCUGAAUGACUCUCAAGACUUAGAUUACAAUGUCGUACUGCAUGUAUUUCAAUAUGAUUUUAUAUACUUUUUGAGUGUUUAGAGAAUGUCCAGAAGUUAAUGUCUAGCCACUGAAUGGACUUCGAGGAUCUGGUUCCAGCUGGCAAGCACACAGCAGAUUCUUGGUCCAAAGGUAAUCUUUGAACACUAGCAUGAACACAAAUAUCUACAGUUACUUACCUGGCUGAGAAAUGAACAAAGCAUUUGGGCAUAUUGUUUUCGUUAAGUUAUCCCACAUUUAGUGCUUUGAUUUGAAAAACAAUUUUCAAAUCGCCAUGCCGUUCUAUAUGAUUAAAUUGCGAAGAGUUUAUUUCUUUCAGAGGAUGAAAAAUAAAUCCAAUAAAAACUCAUUCGAAAACGAAGAUAUUUCUUUUACCUGUGUUACAGUUAAGGCACUGAAUUGUUUGAGAAGCGUCACAGAAACAACAGCUAAGGUGUCACGAUUUCACAUAACUUAGCGCAUGAAAAAUAUGUAAAUUUGUCAGUUGAGUAUCAUGUGUUGAAAGACAAGACAAGUACUUCUCAAAUCUCAACGACACCAAGACGCACCUGAUACAGUAUAUAGUUCUACCUGUCUGUAUAGUUUCUUACGAAAGACUGUAAUGCAUCAUUUCAGUCUGUCUGUUAUGCUACUGAUGAAGAAAAUUUAUGCAUCAAGUGAAAAACUCCAUACAGAUCAAAUGUUGAAUAGUCUUCUAUAUUAUUCGACCUGGAGUUAAUUCAAUAUGAAAUGAUCUUACUGCGGUCAUCUUCAGUCAGUUAAAUAUUAUAGAUACCGCUGCAAGUAUUGAAAUCCAGAAAUCUAAUAGUGUUCACACUCAGAAUGACGUUCAUGUAAACCUCGAUAGUAAUGGCAACUUUCUCCAAGUUACUGACAGCAAUAAUUUAGUGUGUCAAUUUCUGGAAACUACUGAUGACUGAUUUUUCUGGAAGACGACCGAAAUUGUCCAUCAGACUGUCCAAACUGUUUGUGAAUCGUCCACUAAGCGUGUCAGUUUAACCUUGCUGAAACAAAAGACAUUGCAAUCCAAUGUAACAUAAUCGGAAGAUUCUUUGUUGACUUGUUUGUAACCUCUUAUAUAAAUUAAAAAAAUCUACCUAUCUAUCACACAGAAAGAUUUAAAAACAUGUUUUUCUCCACAUAAGGAAGCAUGCAGCAUAUAUAACAUAUAUACAGAGAGACAUCAAGCUGGCACAAGUUUGUAAACAACAAUAAAAAAUGAAUAAAUCAAACAAUAUUGAAUAGUGCAAGACCAUACAAUAUUUACAUUUACACAAACUGAUUGUGUGCAAUUUGAUUAUACUUAUCCACCUAUUAAAUUUCCAUAAAUUUACAUUUACUGAGAUUGAGACUAUCACAAAUUUUAGACAUAUUCAUUUUUGUUCAUUUAGUUUGUAUUUUGGUGAAUGGUGAAACGAAAUGCAAGCAAUUACAAACUCACACAAAUAUGGUUUGUGCUACUUUGCGUGAUAUGAAAAUACUGAAAAUACAUCAUUCAGAAUCCAUAAGUUUGUCG